CGUGUUGACUGCUUGCUAAGUAGCGGGUACAUGUUUUAUGUCUUUCCAGAUAGGAAUUUGUACGUCUCGCCAAAUUGCUUAGGGUGUGGAGAUAGACCUGUCUGGUCCACCACAUGGGGCUUGUUUCCAAAGCCAUAACAGUUUUCCUCUAUUAAUUAUCGAAGCUUCUAUCCACGACCUGUAAGUAACUGGUCAUCUAUAUUUCAUGUUCAAAAGGAUGAGUUCUUAUUGAUAUUUGUUUUACCUCACAUCUUGUGCACUGUGCAGCUCCUUCCAGUUGUUUCUCGCCUUCAGUGAAAUGAAACUUUCAGACCAGACGGAUGAGUAUUUUCUCAAGUAGGGGUCAGGCACUCGAAACAAAUAUACUACCUUAAUAGCCUGCUACAAUCUUGUAUAUCAGUUAACCAUUGAUUUGCAUUGUUACUUCUGUUUCUUAUUUUUUAGACCGUAAUACUCUGUCGUUCGAACUUCUAACUUUUAAAUAUUGGUAUUUACCACUGUUACAAGUAAUCUAUCCGCAUGCUGUAUGUCUUCAAAUGAAUUACAAUUUGAUUGGGUUGCUACUUUCCUCACAGAUUUGUCAAAGGAUAUUGAUGCUGAGGUUGUUGGUGAAUAUAUUUGUGGCAUAUUAAAUGUUUCUCAUGGUUCGUCAGAAUCACAUUCUGAAAUAGCGGAGUUACUGUCAGCAUACCUGCCUUCUGAAAAAUCAAAGUAUGCUGCUACUGAGAUUAUAUCAAAAUAUGAUGAAAUCGUAUUGGGCAAAGAUAAAGUUGAAUCAUCAUUGUCAUCUACAAAUGAUAUUCAAUCUGUUGAAGAUCAAAUGCGUAAUUUAAUGCAAGCUGAUUGUAUGCGUAUCGUUGAAACUAAGAAAUCAGAUCAUCAUUCUGAUCGAGAUCCAUACACUCAAGCAAUUUUACGUUCAACUGGUGUAUUUACUUAUCAAAAGAAUUCAGAUGAAGAACGUGAAUUGGAAGUGGCAAUGGCUAAUUCGGAAUUUAUCAAUAAAAAUCGUUCAAAUCCAACUGUUGGUGCAUUGACAACUGGUCCCAGUUCAAAUGGAUUUGUUGAAGUUGGCAUCGGCGAUGAUAAUGAGGAUGAAUCCGACACUGAUUUGGAAGAUAUUGAAAGUUUCUGUGAAUAUGGAAGAAAGGAUGAUGUGAAACCUGGUACAGUUGAAGGUGCUCUGUCUAUCUUAACUGCACUCACAUCAUCACAGUCGUGUGGGCCGAGUAUAUCCAACACUUCUCAAAAUUCCAUCCUAGUCAAGGAGACAUCAUCUCCAUCAUCAUCAAUGAGCAUACGUAAUUCUCAUUCAUCACAUCUAGUCGAUAAAUCAACUAGUCAGUCUCAGAGAAUCUCUUCAACACGUCAAAAACAGCCUAAAAAGUGCCCUCCUCCAUCCAAACAUAUUGCAAGGAUUGGUGCACAAGCUGAGGCCAAACAAAAACACAAUACUAAUUCGAAAGCUUCACUCAUUUCAAGUUUGGAUAACGCAGAUCCUAAGGUGUCUCGUUGUAAACGUGAAGAUAUGGAGGCAUUUUUAUUCACAGAUUCGGAUAUUCACCCAGAACCUAAUAAUGAAGAUAUUGUUCUACCUGAAGGUGGACGUAAUCGUGAACGUGUUAUAGAAUGUGAAGUGAAUUUUCGAAAGGAAGCCUCUCUAAAUGCUGCUAAACAACGUCAGGAGAAUCUUGAACAACGUAAACAUCAACUAGAAAAAGCUGAACAACGUCGUCAGACAGCAAACAGAAAAGCUCAGAAAGUUGAAAGGCGCAGAUUAUAAAGUCUCCAUCUGUGAUUCUUACUAACUGACAAAAGUUUGAGGAAGUGAUAUUUAUGUAUUUUACAAUGCUGAAUAGCUUUUGACAAUCUGACUUUGUUUUCCUAUCCUGCUUUGUCUCUUCAUCAACGAUUUAUCCUUAGUCGAGUCUAUAUUUAUCAUAUUGUCUUGUUUUGAACUAAUUGUGUGUGUGUGUAUGUGAUAAUACUGUAUAUAUCUAUUGUAUGUAUAUGAAGGCUUCUUUUUUUGCCUACCUCGUAAUUUUGACUUACUAACUGACCAACCAAUUUAAUGAACUGAUUUAAUGUGUUUGUGAAAUAAAUGUAUCGAAAGUGUU